AUGGAGAACUGGACGGACGUACGACGCAGGAAAGCACCGACGAAGUCCCAAACUGGAUUGGAUGAAACUAGCUUCUUCGUGUUGAAUAUACCUACAGGGGUUACAAAGGAGGAAUUUAGGAAGAUCUUCAAACCAUUUGGUGAACUAACAGACAUAUACUUCGGAGGCAGAAAAGGGAAGAAUGGCAAAUACUUUGGCUUCAUAAGAUUUAAAGGAGUCAGAGACGUGGGAUCACUUGAAGCAGGCUUGAAUGGAAUGUUAUGCAGGAACCAUAAGCUGGAUAUCAACAUUGCAAAACAUGAAAGGAAGUUGCCAAAGUCAUUCAUCAAAACCGGGAGUAAAAAUCACAAGUCGACGCUAAUUCCGGCAGGUGGUGGUUUUGUUGGAAGCAGAUCCUAUGCAAAAGUUAUUGGUGCAUGA